CAGUGACUCUCGGCCAUAAGAAAUCGUCGACCACUGAUUUUAUAGUGGUGUGGUUAUGGGAUCUCCGUCGUUUCUCCGUCGCGUUUCUCACCGCCGGUUUUAAUCCUUCUUUACUGCUUCUCCUUCUCUAUCCGCCGGGAAAUUCGGUGAACCUGUCCAAUUGGGUUUAACUGAGAGGAAAUCAAAAGAAGGAUUUUGGUAUGGAGGUGAAAGAAUCGAAGGUAGAAAUGGUUGAUGACUCGGUCAAUAAGGAGAUCGGGGACUUACCCAAAGAUGUUGAAGACAAGUCUAUGCCGUGUACCAGUAACUUCGAGGACCACAGUUUCUAUAAUGUCGAAGAUCUCCCUGAGGAUCAAUGUGUUGGUGGUGAUGCUUCUAGUAACAAAGAGGUCGACGAGGAAGUUGAUGUAUUGGAAUGCACGGGUUUUGAUGAUAACAAUGAGGUUGAAUUCUCGGAAUGCAAUGAUGGGACUGAUGCGUAUUCAAGCUCCUUUAGUGGAACGGUUUCUGAAGAUGAGAAUGAAACAGCUUUGAAUGAUCAAGAAGCUGAUUCCAUGAUCUGUAAUGAUACUUCUCUGCCAUUCUGGGUGAGAAAGAAGAAGCUGACUGAUCAUUGGAGGAGGUUUAUACAGCCUAUAAUGUGGCGGUGCAAAUGGGUCGAACUCAAAGUCAGAGAAUUUCAAAAACAAGCAGAGAUGUACGACAAAGAACUCCAAGAAUCUUGCCAAGCCAAGCAAUUGGAGUUGGAAAAUCUCGAAUCAGAAGAAGUUGGGAUAAAGGCAUUGUCUCCUCUUCCAUGUCAUACUCAGAAAACCCGACUCAAGAAGAGGAAAACAAGAAAGCGAGUUGAAGAUGCGUCGGAUAUUCAAUCCUAUGCAUUGAACCAUAAUCUCUUCUCUUAUAACGAAUACCGGAAAUCUUUUGCGGAUAUUGCUCUCAAUGAUAACUCCCGCAACCUAGAUAAAAAGAAUAAGAGCUCCAAGGAGGAGGCAGUUUUCUGUGAAGAGAUACCACCUCUCGAGUUUAGGGAAGGUGAUGCAUUCCUGGAACAGAUACUUUUGAAGAUUGAAGCUGCAAAGCUUGAAGCCAAUAACUUGAAGAACCGAGUAGACAAGGUGGUGAAUGAAAAUCCAAGUAGGUUCUCUUCGGUUAAUACAUUGAAUCUGCUUGGAUCUGCUGAUGUGCUCACCAGCUCGGAGCAACAAAAGCCCCAAUUGGCUAUCAAGAACGAAGAUGAGAAACCGGUCAUUUCUGAAGAAAAGCCGGUUAAAUCUGCUUCAGUUUCAUCUCAGCAGGACACACAACCUGAAGACGACGAGACAGGAGAUAUUUUAUUGUCUGAAAUUGUGGCUUCAAGGCGAAGAGAAGGGAAAGCUGUUGUUCCCGAUAAGAAACUACAGAAGACCGAACAAACUCCAGUUGAGGAAGGUCCAUCAAGACCUGCAAGAAAAAGAACACCACGCAAUCUUGAUAUGGUGGUUAAGGAAGAGACUAACCCAAAGAGGCGUAAAGUUUCAAGGGAGAAGCCAAAGUCAAAUGGGAUGAUGGCUUCUAGGUUUAAGCAAACCAACAGGAAGAGAAAGCGAGGAAAACGAAGGUCAGGCUCUGCUGGAUUACGAAGAAGAUCCUAAAAAACUCUUGAAAGUUUGAAGAAACAAAUCGGUGAGACGGUGAUCUUGGGUUCGUAAAGUGUGUUCAUUCUUAGGCAUCCUUAAGCUUUAAAGUACAGAGAGAUUAUAUUAUAGAGUCGCAGCGUUUUGACUCUUUGUGUUAAAAACCUCAUCAUCAAAUCUAUUCAAACUCAUGAUGUUGUUUAUGUAUUUCUGACUAAAUUAACUUUGGAGCGUUGCUUCUCUACCUUGAUAAUUUAUAUAGUGAUGAAAA